AAACAAGGCGGGGCUUAAAUCGUAACCCCGGCGAGUCUUGCGUCAACUAUAAAGGCAAUAACAUCGUGUUAGAAGGACUCUGUGUAAUUACACAGAGAACUUAACACAAGGUAACUUUCGGGCACACUGUGCCCCCGUUUUUUUUACUCGUACCUUAGCGUGUUUUACACUUUUUGACCUAAUUCGUAUGGUAAGAUUUACACGGCCAGUGGCAUGUAAAUGUCAUGGUUCACUAAUGUGCCAGUCUUACAAAUGGAAAGGGGGCUUCACUUUGGAAAGGUGAGCAUUUCCCUGCUGCUCCUGCUGCUGCUCAAAGUGCUCAUCGGGCUCGGCUCUUCGCACAUCCAGGGCUCCGCAGCCAUCGCCAGGAGGGAGCCCCAGCUCGUCGGCCGGGGCUCGGGCACAACCCCGGUGGACGAUGGAGACAACGUCAUGAAGCUCCACCUGGAAAAGGUUGUCGGUGCUACGGCCAUAGCGGCAGCAGACGUGACCGUGGAGGACGACGAGGCUGUGGAGACCGAAGAGACUUUGGGAGGAAGUCAUGGAGACGUCCCCGUCAGGAGGUCUCUUGUGAUCAUCAGUACUCUGGAUGGGCACAUCUCCGCUCUGGAUCCUCACAACCAAGGUCGGAAGCAGUGGGACCUGGACGUCGGCUCAGGGUGCCUGGUGUCCUCCAGCCUCAGCAAACCUGAGGUGUUUGGCAAUAAGAUGGUCAUCCCAUCACUGGACGGUGCCUUGUUCCAGUGGAAUCGUGACAGGGAGAGUAUGGAGGCAGUGCCUUUCAGCGUGGAGUCCCUGCUGGAGUCGUCCUACCGCAUCGGAGAUGACACUGUCCUGGUCGGGGGCAAGUCCCUCACUACUUACGGUCUGGGGACCUACAGUGGCAAACUGCGGUACAUCUGCUCUGCGGUGGGCUGCCGCCACUGGUGCGAAGAUGAGCUGGACGGCGAAGACGUGCUCCUGCUCCAGAGGACUCAAAAAACUGUCCGAGCCAUUAGGCCACGCUCAGGAACGGAGAAAUGGAACUUCAGUGUUGGAAACUUUGAGCUGAAGCUGGUUCCAGAGGCCAAGUCCACUAUCAGCUUCCUAGAAGGAGAAGUUGCCAAUGGCAACUCCUGGAGUGAGCAUCAGCGAAUCAUCUCUGAGGAGUCCAAAGAACAGGAGCGGGCGGACCACAAGAAAAAUCAUAACCUGGACCUGGUCAUCAAAGUGUCUGUUCCCGACUGGAAGGUCAUGGCCUUCAGCACCGAGCCUGAUGGACAGCUGGUGUGGGAGCAUCAGUUCUGCACACCCAUUGCCUCGGCCUGGCUGGUGGGAGGAGGGAAAGUCACACCAAUAAGCCUGUUUGAUGACACCGCCUACAGCAACCAGUCAGAAACUGAUGAGGAAGAGGAUGACGACAAUCCGGGCAAAUCCAAAGAUGCUUCAGCGUCCAGCGUUUACCUGGGGAUGUUCCAGGGCCAACUCUACCUCCAGUCCUCAGUGAGGAUUUCUGAAAAGUUCCCUUCUAAAGCCAUCGGAUCCGAGAAAGAUAUUAUUCCACUUCCCAUUGUCAAAUGGAAGCCUCUCAUCCAUUCCCCGUCUCGGACUCCAGCCUUGGUCGGCUCCGAUGAGUUCGACAAGUGUCUGAACAAUGACAAAUUCUCUUAUGAUGAAUACAGCAAUGGAGCCCUGUCUAUACUGCAGUAUCCUUAUGAUAACGGUUAUUACUUCCCCUACGGCAAGAGGUACCGGGGUAAGCGGGACAGCGCCGUGAGCGUGAUUAAAAGAAGCGGGUCGCGCGCCGACAACGGCAGGAAAAAAGACCCGGUGCUGCUGCUGCCCUGGUGGAAGGAGAUUCUUGGCACCAUCGUCUUUUGCAUCGCCGCCACCACCUACAUCGUACGCAAGUUCUUCCACCCUCCUGCGCCUGUGGCCUACAUACGGCAACGCAAAGAGUCAGAGACGCAGUGCCAGACUGACAGCAAGUUUGACCUUGAGGUUGUUGAAGCAAAGGAACCGGUCACUGCGGAGACGCGUUCCAGCGAAUACGUGUCCAGGUACCUGACUGACUUUGAGCCGGUGCAGUGUCUGGGCCGCGGGGGCUUUGGCGUAGUGUUUGAAGCUCGCAACAAAGUGGACGACUGCAACUACGCCAUCAAAAGGAUCCGUCUGCCCAACAGGGAGCUAGCGCGUGAGAAGGUGAUGCGGGAGGUGAAGGCGCUGGCCAAGCUGGAGCAUCCUGGGAUCAUUCGCUACUUCAACGCCUGGCAGGAGAGUCCCCCCGAGGGCUGGCAGGAGGAGAUGGAUCAGAGGUGGCUGAAAGACACCAGUGCCACUGACUGGCCGAUGAUGAGCUUCCUUGACAACAUGGAGGCACUGUCAGUCAAAGUGCCAGUGUCCAGUUCAGUGUCACCCACCAGCGGGUCGGAAGGAGGUGCUCUGGAGCCGUCUGUCAACGGGCAUCAUCCGCUUCUCUCCAGCAGCUCCAGAGAGGCUGCAGGCUUCAGCAUGAACGGAGACCUGUCUUUCCACCCCGUGCUGGGCCACGACAGCCUGAUGUCGGAGCGGGACAGCCAGGCCGACCCGGAGGCCUCGGAUACUCCAGAGUCCUUCGAGCUAUGCCCCCCGCGCGGGCCGAGCGACUGCACCUCCUCCUCCUUUGACAUCGUCUUUGAGGAUUCGGGAUGCGAUGGGGAUGCAGAUGCCGAGACGGACUCGGCCUCUAGUGCCGCCCAUCCAGACUCGGCCAACGUGGAGAAGAACGGUUCAUCUUCCUCACACACCAAACAGCAGGAAAACUCUCACCCCUCCUCAUCAUCACCUCCUCGGCCCACCUCUCUCGCACUGGCGCUCCCCUCGUUUCCUCCGAGCCAGCGAGCACAACCUUCUCCCAAGGUGUACCUGUACAUCCAGAUGCAGCUGUGCCGCAAGGAGAACUUGAAGGACUGGAUGGCUCAGCGGUGCCUCCCCGAGCAGAGGGAGCACAACCAGUGUUUGGACAUCUUCCUCCAGAUCGCGGAGGCUGUCGACUUCCUGCACAGCAAGGGCCUCAUGCACAGGGACCUCAAGCCCUCAAACAUUUUCUUCACCAUGGACGACGUGGUGAAGGUGGGGGACCUGGGUCUGGUGACGGCCAUGGAGCAGGAGGAGGACGAGGACGAGCACGAGCACAGCGCCUUGACGCCCGCCCCGCUCCUCACCCGCCACACGGGCCAGGUGGGCACCAAGCUCUAUAUGAGCCCCGAGCAGCUCUCUGGACACUCGUACUCGCACAAGGUGGACAUUUACUCUCUGGGUCUGAUCCUGUUUGAGCUGCUCCACCCUUUUAGGACCCAGAUGGAGAGAGUAAGGACGCUCACUGAGGUGAGAGCUCUUCACUUCCCAGAGUGCUUCUCCAAAAACAACUUUCAAGAGCUGAGCAUGGUGCGCUCCAUGCUGUCGCGGAGCCCCAGCGAGCGCCCCGAGGCGGCCGACAUCACCGGCACUCCUCUCUUCCAGGAGCUGGAACUCCCCUGCCGGCUGGCCAUCAGGCAGCGGUCCCGCACCUACAGCGCCUCGUCCGCGGGCCGCCCCGCCCGCCAGACGUCGGCCACCUGACCUGUGAAACCACCGCACCUCCAGGGCAUGACAAGCGUGCAGGACAUCCCCUUGCAAGAUUCCCGCACACUUGGCAAACACGCGAGCUGUUUCCGCACCGUCAAGUCUGGUCACACUUUAGCGUGUGUGAUUAUUUCCCAGUCAACGCAGAGCUUACCUACUUGAUUUAGCAACGUGCGGAUGAUUCUCGUCGUCCACUGCCGCCGCCUGAGUUACCGUCCACUGAGCCUGAAUGGAAUAUUGGUUUUCUGACAGAAUUGGCUAAGAUGCCAUGUUGGCGCACAAUCCAACAUGAGCCAUGCUUCACGCACCCAUGCUACACCUCAGGUAUGACGACCACGAGGAGAGGCCUUCACUGAUGAUGAUGAUGAUGCUUGACCAUCCAGUCUGGUGCAAGCACAGCCAAUAUGCCUGAUGUGGAACACCAAAAAAGACCCUUUGAUUUAUGAUUUACUUUUAUAAAUCAUGUUGUAUUGCAUAGAGAGGAGUUUGUGGAUCAAGUCCUGUCUGAUUUGCCUUUAGACUGAAUGAUUGCUGGGCCUGCUGCCUCAUGAAGGGAGACUUUGUUUCUGUAUCUCCAAGCCAGGACUUUUUCUCACUUUUGACCGAGGUGCACAAUCACUUCUUCAUUCCCACGCAGCCCCGCGCCUCAUCUUUCUUCUUUUGUGUACAUAGACGCGAUGGCAGCCAGCCUUCGCCUUGAAGUAAGCUGUAAAUAAAUAGUCUAAGGCCGGAGCCAAGCGGAGAUGAUCACUGAAUGUCGCAGCUUGUCGCAGCGUGACCUCUCGAGCGCACAUUCGCACUUGCAUAGCAGUUCGAACUUGUUAUCAGCGUUUCCACGCAGCGGGGUGGCGACUGGAAGGGACAUUAAGCGGCACAAAAUAUGCUCAUGCCCACAAGAAUGCAAAUAUUUUUCAAAAACGCAAAAUUGUACUUUUGUUUUUGAGCUCUUCCCUUAUGGUUAGAGCUAGAGCACCCCCUGCCGCUUUGCAUACAUCAACUUGUGAUUGAUUUUCAUUUGAUUUUUUUAAUGCUCCAUGUGCCACUGGGUUAAUGGUGGUUGGUGUUGUGACUUUAACUAUGAUUACUGUAUUAUUUCUAAUACCCUCAUAUGUGGACAUGGCCUAAAGUACCACGGAGCUUUAGGGCCACACUGAAACAGAAACUGAAACAGAAGAAAGAGUUCAAUGAUGAGCGGGAAAAGUUGUUAUUUUCACAAUAUCACUUUGUUAGUUUUCACUGGAAUCUCCUAAUAUGACUUUUGUUGUUAUAUUAUGACUUAUUUAUCAAAGGAUAACAGCUUUUUUCCCCCCGUAAUAUUAUGGCAACUUUAAUCAUCCAAAAAUAAGUUUUUUUUUCCCGUAGUAUUAUGACUUUUUUCCCAUAAUAUUACGACUUUAUUGUCAUAUUAUGACUUUAUUCAUCCAUUUUUUUCCCAUAUUAUGACUUUAUUGUAAAAAUAUGACGACUUUAUCCAAAAAUAACAUUUUUUUUCUUUUAAAACAUUUUUCAUAAUAUUACAACUUCAUUGUCAUGAUAGUGCAACUUUUUAUCAUUCAAAAUGAACAGAUUUUCUUAUAAUAGUACUAUUUUUAAAGUAACUCUUUCCUGCUUUAUGACUUUAUGGCCAUAAUAUUAUGACGUUAUCGUCCAGAAAACAGCUUUUUUUUCUCUCAUAUUGCUUUCAUUGUUAUAUUUAUUCAUACAAAUAACAGCUUCUUUUUUUAAACCAUAUUGCCUUUUCCCCAUAAUAUUAUCACUUUAUUGUAAUAUUAUGACUUAGUUCAUCCCAAAAUACAUUUUUCUAAUGUCAUAUUGCGUCAUUUGUUUACAAAUAACAGCUUUUUUUUGGUAGUAUGGCUUUCUUGUUGUAAUAUUACAACUUGAUGCAUCUAAAAAUAUUUUUUUCAUAAUGUUUUUUUUAUAUGAUGUUAUUGUCGUAAUAUUAUGACUUUAUUCAUCCAAAAAUCACAGCUUUUUUCAUGUUUUUUUUUCUGUAAUGACUUUAUCGGUGUAAUAUUACCACUCUUUUCAUCCGAAAUGACAGCCUUUUUCUCGCAAUAUCAUGACUUUGCCCGCAAAGUUACACGCUUCUCGUAAAAAUCAUUUCUGUAAUUCUAUGACUUUCCAGUCGUGUUGUUAUUUUUCUCUUCGGUGUGGUUCUCGUCACGCUUCACGUGUACAAGUAAGCUCCGCCCCAUCCAGCCGUCAUCCCCCCCCCCGCAGUGAUCUGCACUUAGUAGACAAAGUGAAGCCCCCUCUGCAGAGGGUGCGGAGUGGACCUGAUGUUGGUGAUGUGAUCCAAGUGCUGAGAGUCACAUGACUUGACAGUCACGUGCUUCAAUGAUUGUAAUUUUCUACAGAUCCGUGUUUUGGAUAAGAACAGUUCUUUUUUUAUUUUCUUAUUAGCGACAGGAGAUGGAGGCGGGGUUUCGUGAGGUCCAUCCACUGAGCCUUCCCAAGGACGAGCCCUUGUUUAGAAGAAGCUUCUGUAAAGCAAAGCGACCUCCAGCCAGGCACAACGUUGUGGACAAUCACACCACAAGUUAGUCGUCAUCCAUGAUUCCACGGCCUUUCUUCCACGCUAACUGAACAGCAAACGGGAGGUUUCAUCAUGCUCUGUUCAAAUGAUGACGUUCUCUCGUGACGUUCCUGUCCAUACUGAAUUGUAAAUAUGUUCAUUUGUUUUUAUUUGUUACCAUGCCAUUGAUCAAUCCAUUUUGGGUUGGCGUUUAAUAUGAAUGGAAUUUGACUUCUUACAAGUCUGACUUUAAUAAAACUGUUGGAAACACGCACUGUCGUCCUUCAUGUGCACACGUACUCCAAGGAAAAACACACUAAACAUAACGUAACCUCAGAUCUUCUUGUUUUUUUUUUAAAAUAACCUUGCUAUACUUUAACUAUUUUUGUAGUUGGAAAUAAAGACUUAUGUUUUGUAGUCAUGGGAAUGCAGCC